AUGGCUCCCCUCAAGAUCCUCAUCGCCGGCGGCGGCAUCGCAGGCCUCUCCGCAGCCGUAGGUCUCCGCCGCGCCGGCCACGAAGUCCACGUCUACGAGCGGUCCGCGCUCAACAACGAGAUCGGCGCCGCGAUCCACGUGUGUCCCAACGCCGCGCGCGCGCUCCUCGCCUGGGGUCUCGACCCUAUCAAGGCCAAGUUCGUGCUUGUCAAAUGCAGCUUCCGCGCAAAGGGGGACACGCUGGAGAAGUUCCACGUCGGCACGGAGGAUUACAUUGAGGAGCGGUACGGCGCACCGUGGUACUUUGCGCACCGCGUCGAUUUACACGAGGAGCUGAAGAGGUUGGCGACGGAGCCCGAGGGCAGCGUCACUGGUCGACCUGCUACUGUCCAUUUAAAGAGCGAGAUUGUAGCAUAUGACCCAGAGGAAGCUUCAAUAACACUGGCUUCUGGCGAGAAAGUCACAGGCGACGUGGUCAUCGCGGCAGAUGGCGUCCACACCAUUGGAGUCGAGGCGAUUCUCGGCCGCUCUAACCCUGCGGUGCCUCAGGGGCACUAUAACUUUUGCUUCCGUUUCCUCAUACCAGCCGCCGAUAUCGAGGCGGACCCGGUCACGCGCUUCUGGAACGAAGGCGACGACGGGCGGAUGAAGUUCCUGGUCGGGGAAAAGAAGCGUCUGGUCUCGUAUCCUUGUCGAAACAAUGAGAUCCACAACUUUGUCGCCAUCUUCAAUAACGACGACGUUGAGAGUACCAAAAAGGAGGACUGGCACGCUUCUGUGAGCAAGGAGAAGCUGCUUGAGAGAUACUCCGACUUCCACCCAAGCGUCUUGGCCAUUCUCGACAAGGCCACGGAGGUGAAGCAAUGGGCACUCCUCUACAGAGCUCCAAUUCCUACCUGGACGAAGGGGAAGUUGACACUGGCUGGUGAUGCCGCGCAUCCCAUGUUACCCCACCAGGGCCAAGGCGGUGCUCAGGGCAUCGAGGACGGCGUCGCUCUCGGCAUCGCGUUUGCGGGCGCAGAGGCCAAAGACGUCGAGGCUCGUCUGCAGGUGUAUGAGAGCAUCCGGAGGAACCGCGCCAGCGUGAUGCAGAUCUUUAGUAACGCUGGCCAAGAGGAGCCGGAACUGAUCCGGGAAGAGGCUGCCAAGUUCAUUCCCGCGGAUAAAGUGCCCAAAAACCCAGAAGAGUUCUUUGCGUACAACUUCGGGUACGACAUCAUCAGGGAUAGCGUCCAGCAGGUGCAAAAAGUCGAACCGUCGUUUAGUCUACCGCCUUUCUUCUUCCAGAAUCAGCCAGGCAAAGGUGUUUAUCCGUAA